AUGAGGAAGGCAACGGGAAACCACCUCAUCAGUUCUUUCCCUAGUAUAAUAUCAUCGAAAAAUAGUUACAACAUCGAGCAACACGCAAACGCCGUUAAUUUGAAUAACAGCACAAACAGCAAGUCAUUGAACAAUGUAGCAGCAAUCUACAAAAAUAAUGAAAUUAGAAUAGCUACCUGGAAUGUUAGGGGUUUGUUACAAGCUGGAAAAGUUGAAAACCUUGAACAAGAGAAGAAGAGAAUGGAGAUAGACGUCCUUGGAAUAAGUGAAACUCACUGGAUUGAUUGUAGUGAAUUUAACACCUCAGAAAAUUUUGUUAUAUAUUCUGGUUCUACACAUAGUAACAAUCACAGAAAUGGAGUAGGUUUUUUUGUCUCAUCAAAACUGAAAGCAAUGAUAACUACAUCGAUUCAAACAUCAGACAGAAUUAUGCUCAUUCAACUUAAGGCCAAAAAUAACAUGUUGAAUCUUAUUCAGGUUUACGCGCCAACUUCUGAUAGCACCAUCGAUGAGUGUAAUGAAUUUUAUAACGAGUUAGAAGCUACGCUUAGUAUUUUGAAAAAAGAAGAUACAACAAUCAUUAUGGGGGACUUUAAUGCAAAAGUUGGAAGCGGUGAAGUUGAAAAUACUGUUGGAAAAUUUGGUCUUGGUAAGAGAAACGAACGUGGCGACAAGUUGGUAGAAUUCAGUAUUGAUAAUGAUUUUGUAAUAACCAAUACCUGGUUCAAAUUACCACCCAGAAGAUUAUACACAUGGACAUCACCUAAAAGUUCUUCAAAGUCAAUAAUAAAAAACCAAAUAGACUAUAUUUUGGUCAACAGACGAUUUAGAAACGCCAUCAAAAAUGCUAAAACCUACCCUGGAGCAGAUGUUAAUUCGGAUCACAAUCCAGUGGUUGCCAAUCUGAAAAUAGUAUUCAAAAAAUGUCCCAAAAAAAGUGACAAUGUCAAGCUGAAUCUCCAUCGUCUAAAUAAUCCGGAUGUGAGAAAAACCUAUGCCGAAAAGCUCAAUAGUGACUUGUAUUCAAAUAGGUUUACUAUCAAUAGCCAAGUGAAUGUGGAUGAUCAGUGUAGCCAAUUCAAAAGACCUUUUAAUAGUGUAUUAUCCGAUUUAUCAAAAAGAGAAACAUAUAAAGCCAGGAAAGCUUGGAUGUCUGAAGAAAUUCUCCGGUUAAUGGAGAAAAGAAGAAAAUAUAAGGCAAUUGAUGAAUUAGCGAAACAAAAAUAUUGGGAGAUGCAAUGUACUGAGAUAGAAAACUUAGACAAGCAGCACAACCUCUUGCAACUUCACAAAAAAAUAAAACAGGUCACACGGAUUAGUAAGAAGAAUAAUUGUGGAAAUCUAAAAGAUAAAAAUGGAUCUAUAAUAUUUGACCCCGAAGACAGGCUCAAAAGAUGGGAAGAGUAUGUGGAGGAUCUAUUUGAUGACGUUAGAGUUUGUACACCAGAUCCAUUGGAAGCAAGUGGUCCAGUUAUAAUUAAGUCUUAA